ACUGUAACCCAGAACCCGGCUCCCAGCUCCAACCGAUCACCCAUAGCCUCCUAUCUCCACACCGCCGGCCAACCACCUCAAAUCCUCCUCUGUCUCCAACACUCUCAUUUCAGACUCUCACUUCUCAAAAUCCUAUCAAUGGCUUACAUGUCUGUAUCUAAACCCUACCAAUGGUCCCCCAGGGUUUUCCCCACCAUACCCAGAACCUUAAACCCUUCCUCCACCUUCAGUCUCCUCCGCUUCUUCACUACCACCGACGACUCUGUCUCUGUCUCCUCCGUGGAUCAAAACCCAAACCCAGUUCCGGGUCCUGAAGCUCCACGGCCCGAGAAACCGAACCCGGAAAAUGUGGAGCCAAGGGUGACUCGGAGAACCCCACGAGGUAAUUUUCGAAACCCAGAAAAGAUAGAGGAUGUUAUAUGUAGAAUGAUGGCGAGUCGGGCUUGGACGACCCGGUUACAGAACUCGAUCCGGGCAUUGGUGCCCGAGUUCGAUAAUUCAUUGGUUUGGAAUGUGUUGCAUAGUGCUAAGAACUCGGAGCACGCGCUCCAGUUCUUCAGGUGGGUCGAGCGGGCCGGGUUGGUCCGCCAUGACCGUGACACCCAUUUGAAAAUGAUUGAGAUUUUGGGCAGAGCUUCGAAGCUCAACCAUGCUAGGUGCAUACUGUUUGAUAUGCCGGAAAAAGGGGUUGAAUGGGAUGAGGAAUUGUUUGUUUUGAUGAUUGAGAGCUAUGGUAAAGCUGGGAUUGUUCAGGAGUCUGUGAAGAUUUUUCAGAAAAUGAAGGAAUUGGGUGUGGAGAGGACUGUGGAGUCGUAUGAUGCUUUGUUUAAGGUGAUUAUGAGGCGUGGGCGGUAUAUGAUGGCGAAGAGGUACUUUAAUGCCAUGUUGAAUGAAGGGAUUGAGCCAACUCGUCAUACUUACAAUUUGAUGAUUUGGGGGUUCUUUUUGUCGUUGAGGUUGGAGACGGCGAAAAGGUUUUAUGAGGAUAUGAAGAGUAGAGGGAUUUCGCCGGAUGUGGUCACUUAUAAUACUAUGAUUAAUGGGUAUAAUCGGUUUAAGAUGAUGGAUGAGGCAGAGAAGUUGUUUACAGAGAUGAAGGGGAGGAACAUAGCUCCUACCGUUAUAAGUUAUACUACCAUGGUAAAGGGGUAUGUUUCAGUUGGGCGAGUUGAUGAUGGGUUGAGAUUGUUCGAUGAGAUGAAGUCUUUUGGUAUUAAGCCUAAUGAUGUUACGUACACCACCUUGUUGCCUGGGCUUUGUGAUGCAGAGAAAAUGCCUGAGGCUCGAAGUAUAUUGAAGGAGAUGGUUGAGAAGCAUAUUGCUCCUAAGGAUAAUUCCAUCUUUAUGAAAUUGUUAACUUGCCAAUGCAAGUCCAGUAACUUGGAUGCGGCUACAGAUGUGCUAAAGGCGAUGAUUCGGUUGAGCAUACCCACAGAGGCUGGUCAUUAUGGUGUCUUAAUUGAGAAUUUUUGUAAGGCUGAGGACUAUGAUCAGGCCAUUAAGUUGUUGGAUAAGCUUAUUGAGAAGGAAAUCGUCUUGAGGCCACAGAGUUCUUUGGAUAUGGAGCCUAGUGCUUAUAACCCAAUGAUUCAAUAUCUGUGCAAACAUGGGCAGACAGGGAAAGCAGAAAUCUUUUUCCGGCAAUUGAUGAAAAAGGGUGUUCUGGAUUCGGUUGCUUUUAACAAUUUGCUCUGUGGUCAUUCUAAAGAGGGGAAUCCUGAUUCUGCUUUUGAAAUUCUAAAGAUCAUGGAUAGGAGAGGGGUCUCUAGAGAUGCAGAUUCAUACAAAUUGCUUAUCAAGAGCUCCUUGAACAAGGGUGAACCAGCUGAUGCCAAAACAGCUUUGGAUAGUAUGAUUGAAGCUGGGCAUCUUCCGGAUUCAUCACUAUUCAGGUCAGUCAUGGAGAGCUUAUUUGAAGAUGGGAGGGUGCAAACUGCAAGCCGGGUGAUGAAGAGUAUGGUGGAGAAGGGGGUGAAGGAAAAUAUGGAUUUGGUUGCUAAGAUCUUGGAAGCCCUCCUCAUGAGAGGUCAUGUUGAAGAAGCCCUGGGACGCAUUGAUCUAUUUAUGCAUAAUGGGUGCUCACUUGAUUUUGACAGUCUUUUGUCUUUUCUUUGUGAGAAAGGGAAGACAAUUGCUGCUCUUAAGCUGCUAGAUUUUGCUUUGGAGAGAGAUUAUACAAUAGACUUUUCAAGUUAUGACAAGGUUUUGGAUGCUCUUUUGGCAGCAGGGAAGACACUCAAUGCAUAUUCAAUAUUGUGUAAAAUAAUGGAGAAAGGAGGGGCCUCUGAUUGGAGUAGUUGUGCGGAUCUGAUCAAGAGUCUUAAUCAGGAGGGAAACACAAAGCAAGCAGAUAUUCUCUCUAGAAUGAUUAAGGGUGAAGAGAAGUCCCAUGUGAGCAAAAAAGGGAAAAAACAUGCUACUGUUGCUGCCUAAUGUCCUGUCUCUUCACUUUUCUUCUGCUGUUUUGAGGUGAGAAUUCAGGCAUGAACUUUUUUUAAAUGAUGAGAAAAGUUUCAUUCUUAGGGGAAUAAGCCGUUAGAAUUGAAAUGUAAUCUGUUAGUGGCUUUGUUUCAGUUCCGGGGUUGUAAUUCCUCUUGACAAUUUUCCAAUUGAAUUUAUAAUCAACUCAGUUCAAUGAAGGUAGCCUUAUUAGUUCUUUUGUUUGCAAACAUGGAUCUGAUUACUGCCUAUUAUUGAAUUUGAAAUUUCACUUCUCAUUAUCAUUUGUUUA